AUGGUGUGCACUCUUGACGCAGUCUGUUGGAUGUGGAUCUUAACCUCGGCCAUGGCACUGCCGGUGGCAAGGUUAAAUCUCUACCUUGGGGACAUCGAUCAGGCAUGCUGGCCAGAGGGGAGGGCUUACAAUACCUCAGAGACAAUCUCGACUACAAUCAGCUACGCAUCGGCCCAAACAAAUGGUCAACUAGCAUCAAAGGAAGGUAAUUAUAAUUUAAAUUUUGUCGCCAGCUGUAGCCUAGUUGAAGCGGCACACAUUUCCAGUGUUAUUAGCUUCCCGAGAAAGGCUCGGCUCCCGGCAAACUCCAGUGCUGGUCAUUCCGUUUUCUUGGGCCCACGACUUGGAAGCAACUGCCACUUCAUCACUGAUUGGAUCGCCCUCGCAGCCGACUCAUCUGAAGCCCACCGAAACCUCUAUGAGAUCAGCUAUCUCUGCCAAAAUGUCAAGUCUUUUAGGCAUUCUCAGAAGUUUCUAUCCAGCCACUCAGAAAAGAUCGCCUUCGCGGUGAAUCUAAAGGACCCUACACUUAUUCGAUCUUUGAACAUAUUCCUGAGACGAAAGGGCUGGAAGAAUAUUGUCGUGUUCUUUGAGUCUAGUCCAGCGGUCCUGACGUUGAGCGCACUUGCCCAGGAUUUGGAGAUGUAUCUGUCAACAACAGCAACUGGCGAGGAGCCACUCAAUGUACUCACAGUCCACUAUCUGCAGUUGAACAGUGAUCCUCGGGUAAUUGUCGAACGGUUUUGUAAUCCUUGUGAAGCCAUUAUCCUCCUGGUUCGCCCAUCGAUCUCUUCCUACUUUUUUGACAUGGUGAGUAAUAUGUCCUUCUGUGAGAACAGCGAGACUGCCAUUAUUCAGGUGGAUCCGUCCAACGUCAUAACCUAUGAUGUGCUACGUCUUUGGCGAUAUAUUCUCUCGGACAAUGGAACACUCGGAGCCGCUGCCCAAUGUACAUUUAUGAUGUCCGCACUUCCAGCUGGUCAGGGCUUCAACAUUUCUUCCUUCAUCCUCGAAAGUAAAAUUCACGUGUCUCUUGCGUCCGCUGUGGCCUCAGCCAUUCGCUUGACCUACGUUAACUACGCCGAAAAUGAUGAUGUAUUACCAACCAACACGAAUUUCUUCGCUCCACUUAGUAGAGGAUCGUUUACGGUUCCAGUUUUGCCAAAUGUGACAUACAGUUUUUCCCAUUCCGUCGGCGAAGCAAUUGAAUAUUAUGAUUUCUACGUCUUCACCUUCAAACCUGCAAUCUUUGGGGGAACCACCAACAUGAGUGCCUUGGGCUUUGAGGAGAUAUUAGAACUCAACAGCGUACUCUUAUCCGGAAGACGGACUUUCACAAUUGUGAACACAAAAAUUUGGCCCAAUCCCAGUCGUUAUCCUGGACGUGAUUUUGGUCUACUAUCGCCAUGUUUCAGAGUAUAUGUGAGAAUGAUGGGCGUCCUCAUGAAGCGGGAUGUGAGGAGGAUUCGCUGCUCGGAGGCCGGUACUGACGGUGCAGUAUUGCAGCCAAUGCUUGUGGCAGAAGUGGACUGGGGCCAUUUGCAUUGGUGGCUGGUGGUGUACCUUAGAGUAGCUAAGCGUAGGCAACAAAAGAAGGCGCCGAAAAUUCGGAAGUGCCCGGACAGACUCAUUUUAUACCCAGACGAUGUGGAGGCCAUCGAAGUCUCGAUGCCCCUAAUGGAGGAGUUACGGGAGGACCAGCCAAUUGCGUCCUAUGGUUUGAACGUUGAAAGUGCCAUCAUCGAGUCACAGUCCGACGGCACGUCAGUGUGUCCAGGAGGAAAUGCAGUAUCUCGCACUGUCCUUUUAUUUAACGGCAGCAUCCUUCACCUAAAGCAAAUUGAUGUAUCUGAGGUUACACUGAAAUCCAAAGUCAUGGAUCAUUUGCGCGCUCUCCGUGAACUUCAAUAUGAAAACAUCAACCCUUUCAUUGGAGUUUAUUUGGACAGCACAUCCUUUUAUCUGGUGUAUGAACACUGCAGCAGAGGAAGUCUGCAGGACGUUCUGGCUCAUCCGACUCUUGCUUUGGAUGAAGAAUUCCGCCUUUUUCUAUUGAAUGAUCUAAUCAAGGUAUUCAUUCUUAAUAUCGGUGCUCUGAUCAAGAUUGCGAAACCCUCGAACUUAUCCUACAUCAUGUAUUCUUGA